GAAAAUCCUUGCGGGUGAUGGUUCGCUAUGGAUCGCUUGGAUCAAAACUUAUGUUAUCAAGAACUCUGAUUUUUGGACUAUGGAGGCUAGGAUCAAUACAAGCUGGAGCUUUCGUAAACUGCUCAGUAUGAGGAAUCACGCUGCCCCCAUUUUUGCUUCUGGAACUCAUUCAAUCAAAGACAUAUGGCAUCACAUCCGUAACAAAGAUGACAAGAUUACCAACCAAAAAUAGGCUGAUUCGAAUGGGGUUAAACAUUGACGGUAUUUGUGUGCUUUGUAGUGAAGAGAGGGAAACUAGGGACCACUUGUUUCUUCAUUGUUCUGUGGCAAAUUCUGUUUGGAACUCUGUUCUGCAUCUUAAUGGCAUUUGCAGAGGAACUUGUUCAUGGGAUGCUCACAUUUCAUGGGCUUGUGCUUCAUGGAAAGGAAAAUCACUACUCACUACUAUUAUGAAGCUAGCUUGGACUACUUUUACUUACAUUAUUUGGGAGGAGAGAAACAAGAGAAUUUACCAAGGACGCUCAAGAAAUGUUAAUGCCUUACUCCUUGCUAUUAAAGACUCUGUUGCUAUUCAACUUAAGGGUAGAGAAAUAAAUAGAAAUGACUAUGUCAAUAAUACUCUUUGUAAUCAAUGGGGUAUUGAACAUUGA